AUGGUUGGUAAGUUUAAGAUUGGCAAUUUAGUAGGUCUAAUAGUGGUUAGACAUACUAUAGAUUAUAUAAUUUUAGCGAAUAAAGAAGGAAUUUUGACUGACGAGUUGUUAAUAAGAUUGGAGAAUGAAUUUAAAGAAGCUUGGAGUUAUCAAAUUAGGGAUGGUGAUGACACUUUUGUCAUUAUCAGGAAAAUGUGA